GGGAGGGGUGAGUGACGUAAUUCUGGUAAAGUCUGAAAGGGAGGGGAAGGACAGAGGGAGAGAAAAAGGAAGCUCUCCGGUAAGUUUUUUUGUGUUUAUUUUUCCAAAAGAACACAAACUUUCACAAACCAAAGGUGUGCGUGGGGAUCAACAUGCGGACGAGAGACCUGAAGGGAAGAACAGACACCAGUUUGUCAGCAGUUGAGCACAGCUGAUGACAUCAAAUAUGAACCAUUUUUAAGGCCUUGGGCCUCGAGUGGCUAUAUAGAGUUUCCAAAUAGAAGGACGUGUUGAUCCAGUGCUCCCUCUUCGGAUCCCUCAGACCCAGGACAGAGAAAAGGAGAGACGAUGUCCUCUGAACUGGACUCCAGUCUCACCAGUAUUGACUGGCUGCCUCAGCUGGGAAUCAGCAGCCUGCGCUCCGGAAAAGAGAGAGGAGGAGGAGGAGGCGAGAGGGACAAGAAAAAAGACAGAGGGAGAGAGAGAGGAGACUUUCUACCCUCUCUACCGGACCCCUCCUCUUCCAACUACAAAGGGAAACCCCCUCACAGCUAUGCUACUCUCAUCGCCAUGGCAAUAGCAGCUGCAGCUGAAAGGAAGUUGAGUUUGAAUGACAUCUACACCUGGAUCAGUGACAUGUUUCCCUACUACAGCCGUGCUGGCCGCGGAUGGAAAAACUCCAUUCGACAUAAUCUGUCCCUUAAUAAAUGCUUCAGGAAAGUUCCUCGGCCACAAAGUGACCCUGGCAAGGGUUCCUAUUGGACGAUGGAUGGACCUGCAGAGGUGAAUCAAGUGAGGGCACAUAAGCGUCCCUAUCCAGAGGAGGAUCUUGCUCAAACACCGGUGACACGAGCAGAGCGAAGAGCUUCUUCUCAUCCGCCACAACCAGCCUCCCACACAGACCACCAGCAGCUGGGAGCCAUCCAGCAGCAGCAGCAGCCACCCCGCCCCGCCUCCCUCUUUCCUCCCCCAUGCAAGCAACCGUCACCCUACAUGCCAAGCCCCGUGUCCACCCACCCCGUCCAUCAUCAAGCUGCCUCUCCUUCAGCUGGGCUCAACCCUGCUGCCUCCACGUAUUCCAUCAAUUCCUUCCCACCUCGCCAUCCACCCGGAACCACUUUUUCUAUUCCCGCUGCCAACAUGUCUUCUCCAGCGGCUCCCUCCUUCUCUGAUGCCACUCUGUCCUUUCCUCAUUCAGUGUCAGGACCCCCUCUUUUGUCUCCCUCUGUUGCCUCUUUAAACCCCUCCGCUGAUCCUCCGCUGCGUUUCAGCUUCGAUGAGAUGAACUUACCAGACUUGUUUGCGUCUUUCAAAUCUCUCGUCAAGACCAUGCGGGACAGGGGAGGCUCACAGUCGGAUGCUGCUCCGCAGGCGGUUCUGAACAAUGACACUACUCCACUUCACACUCCGACUCUGCUACCAAUGUCUCCUCAACAUGCACCAUCGGCACCACCUGCACCAGCUGCACACCCACCUGAGACGGAGCGCAUUCCACAACACACGGUGCCAGCUGACUGGUUCAUUAACCCAGAUUCUCUGAAGGAGAGCUUCCGCAUUGCCAGCAAUCUAGACUGGGCCAACAUAGACCUCUCUGGUCACCCAGACCUGCUGGAGAGCAUGCGGCAGGCGGAGCUCUGCGAUUGGGCCGUGGACCCGGCGCUCUUCACCUCCCUCUGUGACUCUCUGAAUCGCUUCUUCACUCAUAGAGGCAUGAUCACCUCUGGCAGUAACUCCCCACUAGCCCUCGGUGCACCUCACUCCUUACAGGUCCCACCGUUCACCUCCAAUGCCCCCCCGAUCCUCGCCAGCCUCACUCACCCCUCACCCCUCCCUUACUCUCCCAUAGUUCACCCCGCCAGUGGAGUGCAGCCGCCCCGCAGGGCUCUGCACAUGCAGGGACAGGGUCCUCUGAGACCACAGCUCACACAGCCUGCAAACACAACCGCUGGGAUGCAGCCUCAGUCUAUGACACCUCGACAGCGUCUUCCAUUAAAGAGUCUGCACAGCAACAGUGAGGAGAUCCAGGAUGACUUUGACUGGGAUUCUCUGCUCGGUUAACCCUCAGCGUCUGUGUGGAGAAACGAUUACAACAGAACUUUUCAGAGAAGUGUGGCGGCCUCACUAAACUCUCUGCAGAGGUUGCAUCACUUGGAUCUUCUCGGAGAGCAAGUGUGGGACUAAGUUUGUCACAAAUGACUAAACGCUGUAUUACAAGGUCAAAAAAAAGUUGUAAAAUGUUUCACCUUUAUUCAAAUUCAUAUGCUGUAAUAUAACCUUUAGCUUUGCUUCUGCAGGUAGUUGGCAGGGUGUUUUUUUCAUGUUGGAUUUUAGAUUUAUAAACAUGUUCACAAAAGAAAAUAAAGUGUAACAUUAUUUGUUGUUCUCUGCAGAACAAAAGACAUGUGUAUGUGAUUUAGACAUUAACUAGAGCAAGCAUGAAACAAGCCAAACGCACACCCUGUGUUUUUGUUUUAUUUCAUAAAUUCCUUUUGAUUUUUUUCCAUUUUACUUUUCAAAUGUGAAUGUUCACAAUCAUCACCACACAAAAUUCAACCUUACCCGAUAAAAGAGAUAUUUUUCUUGUUGAUAUAAAAUAACAAUAAAUUCAUCAAACUAAAUUAAAAGAACAGCAUGGA